CAAAUCGAUAGAUCAAACCUCAAUUACAAUUGGUCCUUUAGAUAAAUGAAUAGAUUCAUUUGCAUAAAACCUCGUCUAUUCUAGAAUAUGCCGGCAAUUUAUUCCCCGUGCAAGACCCUAACCAUUGCCGAUCUCCUCUUCUCGGAGCUGAUGACGGAGCAUGCCGGACUAAAUUCACAAUAGGAAUAAUUCGAUUUUUGAAGUAUAUUUCAUUCAUAAAUGGCGAUAUUAUAUUUUUUAGAAUCAAAUAUGAAUGGACUUUGAUUACUUUUAAUAACAGAUUUCCCUGUAUAUAAAGCGAUUGGUAGAUCCACAUUCCUGUGAUGAGGUUAUUCGAUAGAACGAUCGUCCAGUUGGGCGAUAUCUACCAAGAGAAGAAACUCCAACUGGCGGAGAAAAGAUACGAGUUGUCACAGUUAACAUGGGGGGAUUGGGUCUCAUCCGUGAGAACCUCGAGGAAGCUGAUUUUAGUGAUAGUAUUUAUAGCACUUUUCCUAGACAAUAUGUUACUCACUACUGUAGUGCCUAUUAUCCCAAAUUUCCUAUAUCAAUUGAAUCAUCCGCUUACAAUGAAGAAUAUUACAUUCACAGCGAACAAUAUCUCCCAGGCAAACUUUAGCAUUUGUCAAAGGUUGCCGAUUACUGAUCAGCAGAAUGGAUCAGCUAUCUUAGGCUACUAUACUUACAUCAGAGACCGAAAUGAAAUCUGUGUUAACCAAACAGCUAUGGCAGAGUUAGCAAAUGUCCCUGAUGGACCAAUAGAGACAGUAACUGUAUUGUCUGAGAGCCAACGGCACGAGGAUCUUGUCAAUGAAAAUGUAGAAGUUGGCUUGAUGUUUGCUUCUAAAUCUAUAGUGCAGUUAUUAGCCAACCCAUUUAUAGGACCGCUUACUAAUAGGAUAGGGUACACGAUCCCGCUGUUUACGGGGUUUGUUAUAAUGUUUAUAUCAACAAUAAUUUUUGCGUUUGGUGCUAACUACACUGUAUUGGUGAUAGCAAGAGCAUUGCAAGGUAUCGGGUCAUCAUGCUCCAGUGUGUCAGGCAUGGGUAUGCUAGCUGAUCGAUACCCAGAUGACGCAGAGAGGGGUAACGCAAUGGGAGUAGCAUUAGGAGGAUUGGCGUUAGGCGUCCUGGUGGGGCCACCUUUUGGAGGAAUAAUGUACCAAUAUGUUGGGAAAGAAGCUCCAUUUCUCAUAUUAGCUGGACUAGCUCUUCUCGAUGGAGCCCUACAAUUAUUUGCACUAAAGCCAAGCGUUAAGCCUGAACCGGAAGAGGGAGCCUCUCUAUGGACUUUAAUCAAAGACCCGUAUAUUCUCCUCGCUGCAGGCGCCAUAACCUUUGCUAACAUGGGUAUAGCGGUGCUUGAACCAUCCCUGCCUUUAUGGAUGUUUGAUACAAUGCAUGCGCAAAAAUGGCAGCAAGGUACCAUCACUAAGGAGGUCACUAUAUGUGUUGGUUUUGUCAGACAUGUUAAUCGUUGUUAGUGUAGCUAUAUGGGCUGUAUUUGUGGUGAGAUGUGCAUGAGCUAAGUGAUGUAUACGUAGAUGCACCGUGGUGGUUGGACUCCAAUAACACUUUUCUAGAAAUCUGGAAAUCACCUCGUCAUAUCAGAACAUUUUAGUGCACAUUUACCUGCCCUUUGAUACACUAUCAUGUAUAAUAUCAUACGUACACUGAAAUAGUCUUUGGUUUUGGAAUGAUUACAUGAUACCAUAACUCACAUUAUAAACUCCACUGUAAUAUACUUAAUGUACACUACACUUUACAAUACAGUACACUAUAUGCACUGCACUAUAUUAAACACUAAACUAUGCACUUGAACUGUUGUCUAUGGUUAAUGCUAGCAGUAAUGUUAUGUCUGUUUUGUGAUGUGUUAUUAUGUAUACACAAAUUGUUUUACUGAGGUAUAAAAUUUGUAGUUGUACAUAU